GUCGGUCCUUUUUUGAUCCGUUCCUCUUGUGCUGAAGCGAGCUAGCUUGGUCUCUCCUGACACAUAUGCAGUAUCCUGGUUCCGACCCGAUCUUACGCCGUUUCUUUGAGCAAUAUAUGUCCAGUCCCUCCAGGAGUAAGUUUAUAUUUAUCCGUUCGUCGCUUGUCAGUUUCUCUCUAGCCAGCUAGCUACGCACUUUCCGAGAAUGUCUGGAGCGGCCGCUGGUGGGGCGUCUUCAUGCAUUGGAGCAGGGACCGCCAGUGGAAGUGCCGCCGGAUCUUCAGCAAUUGGAGGCGGCGGAGGUGGAGGGGUGGCCGGUAGGCUACCCAGUAGGGUUUUGGAGCACAUCUUUUCCUACCUGGAGCUGCCCGACCUGAUGCGAUGCGCUUUGGUCUGCUGGCACUGGAACAGCUGUCUCGCUGAUGAAAACAGCGAAGUCUGGCGAAGCCUUUCCAACCGAACACUAAGCGAAGAGGCGCUGCGCUCCGACAUUCUCUGCAACCUGCCCACCUACAAGGGAAAGCUGAAGUCCUUCCAGCAUGCCCUGAGCUCCCACGACUGCUCCCGCAAUGUGUACGUCAAGAAAAACGGCUUCACAUUACACCGCAACCCCAUCGCCCAAAGCACAGACGGCGCCCGCGGGAAGAUCGGCUUUUCCGAGGGGCGCCACGCGUGGGAGAUUUGGUGGGAAGGUCCCCUGGGAACAGUGGCCGUCAUUGGCAUAGCCACUAAGCGGGCACCCAUGCAGUGCCAGGGCUAUGUGGCACUCCUGGGCAGCGAUGAUCAGAGCUGGGGAUGGAACUUGGUGGACAACAACCUCCUUCAUAAUGGGGAGGUCAACGGCAAUUUCCCUCAGUGCAACAAUGCACCCAAGUACCAGAUUGGAGAGAGGAUCCGCGUCAUCCUGGACAUGGAGGACAAGACGCUGGCCUUCGAGAGAGGGUUCGAGUUUCUCGGGGUGGCCUUCCGAGGGCUUCCCAAAGCCUGCCUCUUCCCCGCGGUGUCGGCCGUGUACGGGAACACCGAAGUGACAAUGGUGUAUCUGGGGAAGCCGCUGGAUGGCUGAUACCUUUCCGGGGGGGGGGGUCACUUUGGUGGGCAGACGUGUGCCAAGGAGACUGUUUGUUGGCACAGAGAGUACUCCUCUAACAUUCCAGUACGGGAGUGCAACCUAUGCCCAGUGGAGAAUUCCUGUUCGGCGUGACGGGGGACUUGGUCAGGGCAUGUCUCCGUACAUUGGUCACAGUGAGGACUAAUGAACUCAGCUGCUGGGCUGUUUUAACUUAUAUACAGUCUGAAAUGACUUUUUACUGUCUUUUAUGAAGUCACACUGCUAAAGUCCCUAGAGGAUGUUUUAUGUUUGUUCAUAUGAUGCCAAACUAAAAGGCACUUGUGGCAAAUGUAUCAAAUGUAUCGAGAGGAAUGCAUAAUUAUUUACGUGCUUAAUAAUUGUUACCGUUGCAAUGACCGGAAUAGUUGUGACGAAGUAAACUUCAUGUCGAUAGCACAAAUGAAACUGACGAGGGAAAAGGAUAUGGGAUGCAUUGAAGCCAAAACACAAAGUUGUGCACCCUAUGAUCAUAUUCCUAAAGACUGCUCGUGGCCACGUAGAGACACAGUAAAUGUCUAGGCUCCUCCUUUAGGGGGUCUAGUCUUGUGCAUGCAGUUACUUUAAACUCUCUUAACCUGUGCAUAUGGAACGACAAGAAUCGGAGAGACUACCUUCUGUACAAUGUGACUGAGCAUUUAUUGUCUCGUGGUCUUGUAGAAUUUCAUGAAUUGUGUUCGUUAGAUUUUAUCCUCGGUAUCGGUGAGAUCACAAAGCCUUCAAAUAAAGUCUACAUGAGUAGCAGCCAAUGAGAUGUCAGAUCAGUCUGUCUGUAAAAACAAACAACACUCUUGAUUAGUUAUAAAGAUGUAUUAAUCCAUCAUACACAAGACAUUAGGAUAUUUGGUCUGUUCUGCU